CCACAAGCCAUCAUAGGAACUACGCAGUCAAUGUGCGGUGAGUACUCUGCCAUUACGUACACAGUACUGUGCGUUCGUCUGAACUAGCUUGGCGUUGGUUAGAGUGUGUGCUUUGCAGGGUGAUUCAGGAUGUGUGAAAAGCCUUGGGAGCAACUAGGAAACAGCUUUGUGCAGCAUUAUUACAGUUUGUUUGACUCUGAUAGAGCACAGCUGGGAUCCAUAUAUAUUGAACAGUCAUGCCUUACCUGGGAAGGACAACAGUUCCAAGGAAAAGGUUCAAUUGUUGAGAAACUCGCUAGUCUACCCUUCACAAAAAUAGCGCAUAGUAUAACAGCGCAAGACCACCAGCUAACUCCAGACUGCUGCAUCUUGAGUAUGGUUGUAGGGCAGCUUAAAGUAGAUGACGACCCCGUUAUGGGAUUCCAUCAGAGUUUCAUCCUCAAGAACAUUAAUGAUGGAUGGGUGUGCACCAAUGACAUGUUCAGGUUGGCCAUCCACAACUUUGGUUAAGUCUGCUCCCUGCUCUGGUAGACGGGGGCAGCCAUAGAGAAGGGCACUGUGUGAAGUAUGCAGGGGGGAGUUGGGGACGGAGAGAAAAGGAGAAGCUCAUCCCUCCCUCCUGCUGUCUCAUCUACACCUUUCUGACCAAGAAGCUAAGAAUGAAUUAUGUCAAUGUCAAUCAACUGAACCACACCCAGCCAGUAGAACUGCAAUUUGUUUUGUCUGCUGAGAGCCGUUCGACCAAUUAGACGCCCCCUGUCUGCCACUCUGCUACUCUGCAUGAAGCUGGAGUCCAUCAUGACAGUAUCGACACUCUAGCCACAUGGAAGACAAACAGUUGACCGAUCCCAUCAACCCAUGCUCUGCUCACCAUCACUCUUACUCUAACCCACUCUCAUUCUAAGUCUAUUUUCUUCCCCGAUCUAAAUUACAUAAAGACUACAGCUUGCUUGAGGGAGUUCAAAUGAAGUUCAAUUAUUUUACCCAAUUGUAAACCACAAUUCAUUACCAUGUGAGGUUUUGCUCUUGCAAACUAAAGAUUCGUGGACCAGAGGUCAGAUUUAACCCUGUGAUUGGCUUUUGUCAUGCAUUAAAACCCCACUCUCUUUCUCUCCGCCUCUUUUCCUGUCUUUUUCUUGCAUUUGGCAUGGACUACAGCCAUGAAACACAAUAAAACCUGGACUUUUUUCUUAA